CUUUCAAGGCGUCUUCGUUCACUUCCACAGCAGGUCGACGCGCUGGAAAGGCCGACGAGGAAAGGAUGCGGCCGAGCGCAGUUCAGACGCGAAUCCCGCCCUCGACGUAGAUCGCAGACGUCCGCCAUUCUGGCGUCGCGGCCUCGGUUGCCGGCUGAGGAGAGUCAGAGUCGCGUCCGUUAACCCGGGCCGAGCGGAGAGGCACGCCAAAGAGCACAGCCCAAGGGAAACCACACUCGAAACCACAACACGAGCCGCCGUAAAAGGGAGACGGCCGACUCUGAGUCCCAGGGAGCCGCCGGCGCACAAACACCUCCGCCCUCGAACAGUCGCCUGGAAGAACGGUCACCGCCGCGGGAAAAACCGCCACCGGCGCGCGGCUUUCUGGGAUUUGCAGUCCGUUACGCCCAGCGCGCGCACUUCCGCCGUCCACCGGAAGCGCAGCCAUUGAUCCGCACGCUCAGGUUGUUAACCCCACCUACCCCGGGGGCGCUCUGUGCAGGUGGUGGUAGCCUAGGCCUCCCGGCAGCAGAACCAGGCAAGUGAGGCUUCCUUUACCCAGAGGCCACCCCAGCCUCAGAACUUGGACGCGUUUUCUUCCACUGGCAGGGAAAGAGGAAGCUGUGAAAGGAAGAAGAAGAAAACAACCUCUGCCCCAGCCCUGGAGACAGAGGAGACAAGGAGAGACCCUGCCGCACCAGCCCCCUCCCAGGUCCAGCAGGAGGCAUAGAAGAGGAAUUUAUGUAUAAUCAAUUCUCAGAGGACUUGGGUGCUCUAUUUGCCUGAAGAAUAUGAGGUCUCUGUGAGAGAGAUUGGGACCCACCACGAAGGUGAUGACCAGAAGAGAAUGUCUGCAGAAUUAAGCUCAGAAAAGGAGUUCUCAGACCUCGCUGCAUUGGAAUCAGCAGAGUUCUCGAAAGAGACUGUCUUGGAAGUGGGAGAACAGUGGGAAGCUGCCUCUGGUGCCUUUGUGGCUCCAGCAGUUGCAGGUGCUGAGGUCCUGGCCCAUCUGCAACCACCGUGCUCCUGCUGACUGUGGCUAGGGGCUGCCCCCAGCAUACUCUCCGCGGAGCUCAGGACCUAUGAGAAACCCAGCACCUGGAAAAGCUCGAAGAGGAGAUGACACUGGUAGAGGAGACUAUCCGGACAUUUGAAGGCAGAGCCCUGCCUUCUGAGGAUCCCUGCCCUCUCCACAACAGCUUAUUCAGGUAUGAGGAGGAAAUGGAAGCACAUUCUCAGCCAGUCCCAUCCCAGGUGAUGUUUCAGCCACCUGUGAGCUUCAAGGACGUGGCUGUGACCUUCACACGGGAGGAGUGGGGACAGCUGGAUCCAGCCCAGAGGACGCUGUACCGCAACGUGACUCUGGAGACCUGCAGCCACCUAGCCUUCCUGGGGCUUCUGCUUUCAAAACCGGCUGUGAUCUGCUGGCUGGAGCAAGGACAAGACCCAUGGAGGGCAGAGCAUGGACCUCCCGGAGACUGGAAGAAUACACUUGAAAAGGAAGAGUCAGCUUCUAAAGAGGAUACUGCUGUGGAAGAACCAUUCCACAACAUAGAAAUGAAAUGCUGCAUACAGGAGGAGGGCCCCUGGUUGGUAACAUUGGGAGGAAGGCAGGAUUGGAGGGACCAGCUAAGGGAGCACCGGGAAGACCCUUUGAGUCAAACGAUAGUCACCCCAGAAAGACCGUUUGCUCAUGGGAAACAUUGUGAGCCUGACCUUGGGGGAAGUUACCUGAAUUUAAGACUUCUACCUCCAACAUUAUCCACAAGAGCACAUUUCCAUACACUUGAGUCACAGGUUAAAAAGUUGAAACAGAAUUCAGUUUUCAUUAAUCAUGAGAAAGGCUGGGCUGAUCUGAAGCCCCAUGAAAAUCACCAAAGUCCUAGCGCCUUCUAUCAGAGCAUUUCCUUGAAUAAAUUUACAAAUGUUGAAACGAGAAAUAAAAAGCCUUAUGAAUAUACUGUCAGUAGUGACUCUUUCAACUAUGAUACCUCCCUUCGAUACCAUAAUAGAAUUUUUUCAGCAGAGAGCAGCGAUGACUGUACAGACUAUAGAAACAUCAUUAAUCAUAGCAUGUCUAUGAAGGAACACAAACCAAUGCAUUUUAGAGAACUCCAGUAUGAAUGUGACAAAUGCCUUGUACAAACUGUGAUAAGUGAUCCUGAAGAAGCACCAUUUAGAUGUGAGGAGGAAUGUAAUACCUUCCAUGAGGCAUCAUCUUUUACUGACUGUGACAUCAUUCAGACUGGAAAGAAGCCACAUGCAUGUAAUCAAUGUGGAAAAUCUUUCAGCUGUUGCUCUAAGCUUGUUGUACACCAGAGAACACACACUGGAGAAAAGCCCUAUGAAUGUUCUCUGUGUGGGAAGUCUUUCAGCCAGAGCUAUGACCUUGUUGUACACCAGAGAACCCACACUGGAGAGAAGCCCUAUGAAUGUAACCAGUGUGGGAAAUCCUUCACCCAGAGUUCCAAACUUAUUAGGCAUCAGCGAACUCACACCGGAGAAAAACCAUAUAAAUGUCAUGAAUGUGGAAAAUCUUUCAGGUGGAACUCUAACCUUAUUGUACACCAGAGAAUUCAUACUGGAGAGAAACCUUAUGAGUGUGGUCAUUGUGGAAAGUCCUUCAGCCAAAGUUCUGACUUUGUUGCACACAGAAGGACUCACACUGGAGAGAGACCCUAUGAAUGUAACCAGUGUGGAAAGUCCUUCAUUAGAAGCACUCAGCUUAUUAGGCAUCUGCGAAUUCACACUGGAGAGAAACCAUAUAAAUGCAAUCAGUGUGAUAAAGCUUUCACUGGGAGCUCUCACCUUAUUGAGCAUCAGAGAACUCAUACUGGAGAGAAACCUUUUGAAUGUAAUCAGUGUGGGAAAGCCUUUGCUGGGAGCUCUCACCUUCUUUCACAUCAGAGAAUUCAUUCUGGAGAGAAACCAUACGAAUGUAAUGACUGUGGGAAAUCUUUUCGGCAGCGAUCACAGCUUGUUGUGCACCAGCGAACCCAUACUGGAGAGAAACCUUAUGAGUGUAGUCAUUGUGGAAAAGCUUUCAGCCAGAGAUCUCCCCUUAUUGUGCAUCAAAGAACACACAUUGGAGACAAGCCGUAUCAGUGUAACAUGUGUUUUAAAGCCUUCAGUCAGAAGUCACGCCUUAUUGAACAUCAGAGAACACAUACUGGAGAAAAGCCCUAUGAAUGUAUUGACUGUGGGAAAGCCUUUAAUGAUCGGUCAACUCUUACAAAACACGAGAGGACACACACUGGCGAGAAACCCUAUAAAUGUAAUCAUUGUGAAAAGGCCUUUAGUCAGCGAUGUCAACUUACUAGGCAUCAGAGAAUUCAUACUGGAGAAAAACCCUAUGAAUGUAACGAAUGCGGGAAAGUUUUCAGUUAUAAUACAUCCCUUAUUCAACAUGAAAAAAUUCAUGGGAGAGAAACUCUGAAUAAUCAAGAUGGAAAAGCUCACUGCGAAACCUUCUUUAUUAGACAUCAGGUGACCAAGGUAUGACUCUAAAAGUGUGCUCUAAUGACCACAUAUAUCAGAUUUGCUUGGAGUGUUCAUUGAAACUGCAUAUUACCAAGCUUACCUUGAUCUACUAAAUCAGAACCUCUGGCAGUAAAACCCAGGAGCCUACAAUUCCCAAACGUAGCACAAGUAAUUUGUAUGUACAUUAAAA